UAUUUUUGCUAGUUAUCAGAAAAGUGACAUGCGCAAUGUACUUUGCGCAGACGAGUCACAACAACAACAACAACAACAACAAACGCCGAAUAUACAUCAGUAGAAAUGGCUAUACAAAUAGCCAUCCUGGAUUGUGACCUGCUGCUCCAUGGUCGUGGACAUAAAACUCUCGACAGGUUUGAUAUAGAGACCGUUUCAGACGCGUUCCUAUUAACAACAUUUGGAUUCCCUCGAGAUUUCAUCUACUACCUGGUGGAGCUACUGCGUGACACUUUAUCACGACGUACGCAACGGUCUCGAGCAAUAAGCCCAGAAGUUCAGAUUCUUGCUGCUUUAGGAUUCUAUACCUCAGGAUCCUUCCAGACGAGGAUGGGAGAUGCCAUUGGCAUUAGCCAGGCUUCCAUGAGUCGCUGUGUGACAAAUGUAACCAAGGCACUGGUUAGGAAAGCUCCAGAGUGCAUAGGAUUCAUGAGAGACGAAGCUACAAAACAGCAGUCCAAAGAGGAGUUUUUCAGGGUAGCGGGAAUACCAAACGUCAUGGGUGUUGUAGACUGUGCCCAUAUAGCCAUUAAGGCACCCAAUGCAGAGGAUUCUUCAUAUGUCAAUAAGAAAGGCUUCCAUUCAAUUAACUGCCAACUUGUGUGUGAUGCCAGGGGACUUUUGCUCAGUGCAGAGACUAACUGGCCUGGCAGCUUACAGGAUAAUUGCAUAUUUAAGCAGUCUUCAGUGUAUAAGGAAUUGGACGAACAGGAAAAUCAUGAAGGCUGGUUUUUAGGAGACUGCCGCUAUCCUUUAAAGAAAUGGCUGAUGACACCUGUCCAGUACCCAGAAACUUCAGCAGACUUUCGAUACAACCUGGCUCAUACUGCCACUCAUGAGAUUGUGGACCGCACGUUCAGGGCCAUUCAAACCCGUUUCCGUUGCCUGGAUGGGUCCAAAGGCUACCUUCAGUACUCUCCUGAGAAGUGCUCUCACAUCAUUCUGGCCUGCUGUGUCUUGCACAACGUGUCAUUGCAAUCAGGCUUGGAUGCCUGGACGUUUGAGAGGACUGAUAUACCAGACCAGUCAGAGGAGGGCAGUCGUAAGCCAGAGGCUGUGGACUCAGAGGCAGUCCGAAUCCGCCAGGAGCUCAUUCUUAGUCACUUCAGCUAGGUCUGCAUGCUCAGAAUCAACGUGGAAAACACUGUAUGAUUCACAGAGACACUGCCUGCAAUAGAGAAGUGGUUGACACCAGAUUCUGUAUAAGCAGAAUAAUAUAGGUUGUAGGUGUAUAUGUACAGUGCCUUCAGAAAGUAUUCAUACCCCUUGACUUAUUCCACAUUUUGUUGGGUUAAAUUGAUAUMUUUUUCUCACCCAUCUACACACAAUGAAAUUUGUAUCCCAAAAAACUCCUUAGUCUUUUCCGAAGACAAGCAUACCCAUAACAUGAUGCAGCCACCACCGUGCUUGAGAAUAUGGUGGUACUCAGUGAUGUGUUGUGUUGGUUUCCCCCCAACAUAAUGCUUUGUACUCAGGACAUAGUUUAUUUCUUUGACACAUAGUUUGUAGUUUUACGUUAGUGCAUUAUUGCAAACAGGAUGCAUGUUUUUGGAAUAUUUGUAUUCUGUACAGGCUUCCUUCUUUUCACUCUGUCAUUUA